AGCGGGUAUGUAAGCGGAAAACCACUAGUAAGGGUACCAGUACUGGUAUGGUAAUAUCUUCGUCACUCAUACUGGAGGGGCCGCCCGGAGGAUUAGCUCUUAUUUGUCCUUUGUCUUGCUCCAGGAGCGGAGUGCUGCCGCUUUGUGGUGACGGGUCCGUUGCCAGUAAAGUAGUCCGACCCACUCCUUUUCCUUUUCGUGGAUUUUUAUCAGGACCCCAAAAAGAGUCUCUGGUGGUUAACCAAGUUGCUUGUAAUAAUUUCUCUUUCAAAUGGUUACUCUGUUGGAUGGAUGCGAGCGAUGCUAUUCAUUCAUUUCUUUUUCAUUUGUAUUUCUUUUUUUUAGUACCCCUCUCUCACUCGCUUUUGUAUGGCCUACCGGCUCCUUUCUUUGCCCCCCCCCCCUUCCCCUCAAUUGCUCAUCGAUGAUAUCCCGGAGUGGUAGGUAGAUAGGUAGGUAGAUAGAUAGGACAGCUGAUGGUCACUCCUCGUAACCCCGGCUAAGCUUUCCUUGUCUGAAUGUGCCUUCUGCUUCUCUUUACCUUUUCCCUGCUCUU